ACGGAGGGGUGAAUCAUAACGAUCAUAGAUCGAAAUGGCGUUCGCGUGGCAUCUAAUAUCAAUCUUUUUCUUGAUGGUUACCUGGGGUGAACCUUGCACGGAGUACGGAUGUCCAGGACGGCCGCAGUACGAACCCUUCGUACCCGCGCCUCCAGGACUCACCCCCCAAUGCGCGCCACCGGGACAGACCUUCUGCGAAACCCCAGAUCAUUAUCCUCGACAACUCAUCAAGUUUCUCGUCGACAAAUGCAGCUUCGACUUUAACACCGCGCUGCAAGAUGAAUCCCGCGAUAACUUCAACUCUUACAGUUCUCCUCCGGAUUAUAAUCAAGGCUAUGAUUAUCCACGACAAGAUGAUAGUCAAUUAUACUCGCAGUCUCCUCUUGGAGAAGAGCCAGCCCCAGUGUAUGGACCUCCACCCAAUAGUAGCCGUUAUCAUGGUUACAAAUAUUCUGCACCGUCAUACUCGCAGAAAAAUCCUUUCCUCCCGGAAGUAACACUGAAGUAUCAUCACGAUGUCCAACGACAUGUCGAUCGUGCUUAUUUGCAAGAAUCCAUAAACGUAUUUGAGUCAAACCAAUCGUGGCUGACGAAUAGGUAUUCGCGAGGAGACAAAAUAGCACCACGAAGUUACAGUGUAAACCCGUUAUUGAAUUACGCGAAACUGAAGAGCGAUCGAGUAAAAAGGCAGUCGAAUUCGGAAAUCAUCUCCCUGUGUCCCACACGAGCCCAAUAUAUCGCUCCCCGAGCCGCUCUGAAUAAAGAGGGCAACUGGAUGUACGUUGUUAAUCUUCCUGGACAAAAUAAGUAUUCGCAGCUCGUUAAAAGCGAAAAAUGUUUAAAUGACGUGUGUGACGGUAUAUGCUCCAUCCCGGAGGGGUACAGGAGUAGAUGCCAGCAACAAUUCGUGCAAAAGAGACUAGUCGCGCUCGAGGGAAGCGGAAAUCGACUUUACACCGACUUAUUCUGGUUUCCACACGGUUGCUCGUGCCAGAUCAUACCGAAUUUCUAAGGAUACGGUGACUAGGGGUGUCGUGCUAUAAAACGUGAAAGGGUCAAUUUCAGGGGGUAAGCGCUAUUAAACGCGGUCGUACACGUCAUUCUCUUCACGACUGUAAUUCUGCGACACAGAGCGCGCCUGGCAACAGCAUUGAAAGUAGGUACCGAUAAUGUAGCGUUCUAUGAACAGUACAUACCCGAGUAAUGUAUCGCGACGCCUGUUACCAGCGGUGUAAGACAGAGGCGGAUACACAAUUGUCAGUUUAUCGUUAAUUGCCAUUGUUAAUUGCGAAUCACAAACGGCAUAAUUCUGUUAAAUGCGCUCUCAACGUGUUUCUCUCUGCGAUUAAUAGGUGGAGAAUCUUUCAGCGAGAGAUGUCGCUAUGCCGCGUUACUCUCGCAUCGUACAUUUUGGUAUAUAUAUAAAUCUUUUAUAUACUUUAUAUUGAUUACAGCAGAAUCAUCAUCGAAUAUUCUUAUUUAUCUUUUAGCAUCCUCGAUCAUCGGUUCACCAAGUAUUCUGUAACACAGAUAGAUUGCAAAAU